GUCAACAUGGCCGCCUCGAGUCCACAUCGAUCUGCAGGUCGAGAGUAGAGUCUGGCCUAUUUCCCACCUAUACACGGUGAGAGUAGAAAUGGGGUGCAACUCGUCUCAACCGGAUGUGCAGGGGAACGGAGAAAUCCCGAAUUCGACAAAGACUGCGGAUAGGCGAGUGGUGACUGACAAUGGAUCGAUAGAAAACGGGAUCGACGUGGUGGAAGUCCCCCCGGACUGGGAAUGGAUCCCCGAGUUCCAGGGCAAGGCGGUGAUAAAGCCGGUGAAGAGGGAGAAGUACCUGGAUACAAAAUUUCCUCCUGAACCUGGCUCCCUCUUCUUCUCUAGGGACCUGAACGGCGUGGAAUGGAAGAGACCCAACGAAUUGGUGAAUGAUCCAGAGCUGGAAAUUGGGGGAUCGAGCAGGUCCGACGUGCUCCAGGGGAAAUUAGGCGAUUGUUGGUUCCUUUCCUCCUGCGCUGCUGUGGCCGGCAUGCAAAAGAUCCUGGACCAAGUGAUCCCGCCGAACCAGUCCCUGUUCGGGGAGGAUCACAAAGGGAUCGUGUUCUGUCGCUUUUGGCGCUAUGGGGAUUGGCAGCCUGUCUACGUGGAUGAUACUUUGCCUACACUUAACUCCAAGUUGGUUUUCGGCCAUUGUAGCGACCAACGUGAAUUCUGGCUCCCCAUCCUCGAGAAGGCCUACGCCAAAGUGCACGGAUCGUACGAGUCACUGGAAGGAGGGAAGUCCCUCGACGCCCUGGUGGAUCUCACUGGAGGAAUAGCGGAGUUCUACGACCUGCACGACCUGGCCUCCGCAUCCGAGGAGACUCAGAAGGCAGUCUUCGACCGACUCGUCAAGGCCAUGAACCAGCAAAACGCCUUUGUCACCAGCGGCCGGGAGGGAGUGGACGUAGACGUGGAAGACGGUUUGGUGAACGGGCAUGCCUACACGGUCACGGGUGCAGCCUACAUACCAGACGGCCAAUCGGGACAAGUUCGACUCAUUCGGGUCAGGAAUCCUUGGGGAAAUGCUACGGAGUGGACGGGUGCUUGGAGCGACAGUGACGAGAGGUGGGAUCAAGUGGAUCCGGAGGUGAAAGCAAAGAUCGGUCAAACGCAGAAGGCAGACGGGGAAUUCUGGAUGAGUUUCCAGGAUUUCUGUUCCGAGUUCCGGAACGCAACGGUGUGCACGCUGGGACCGGACUUCGACGAAGACGGAACCACCGACCCCACCAACGACAUGGUGUUGUUGCAUGGGGAAUGGGUGCCAGGGAAAACGGCCGGUGGAUGCCAGAACGACUUCAACAGCUAUGCCAAAAAUCCGCAAUAUCUGAUGAAAGUGACGGAAACCGAUUCUGGAGGAGAGAUUUGUGCGGUCCUGAUCGGACUCAUGCAGAAGUACCGACGCGAGAGACGGAAGGAAGGCAUCACGGAGCUGGACAUCGGAUUCACCGUCUACAAGGUAGAAGACUCGGGACGGCUAAAGGGAGAAGACCUUGCCACAAUGUCCCCUUUCAUGUCAUCGGGAGCCUACACGAAUCUGAGAGAAGUUGUAGCUAAUGCGGCUUUCCCCCCUGGAGAUUACAUCAUCAUCCCUUGUACUUACGAUGCUGAUCAAGAGGCACAAUUCAUGAUCCGAGCCUACUCAGAGAAACCCAUUACCAUCACGGAGCUUCAAUGAAAUUUCUUCACUCCCUUGUCCACCUCGUUGUGUACCCUGUGUCUCAUUUCUCCCGUCUGUGAUAAAUGUUCCAAAUCUUUGCAUGCAACAAGUCUAGGUGCCUUAAACAUACCACAAAUAAAAAAUCAAAUAAUUCU